AUGAGAAAGGAGCUCAAUGAUACUAGGACAGCUAUACAGGAAAUAAACAGCCUAAAACAGAAGGUCGAAGCACUUUCAUCUGAUAUCUUGGCCUGCAUCAGUGAAAAUCAGUUGCUGAAAAAUAAAAUAGCUCUACUGGAAAAGAAUGAAGAAAGUAGAGAGAGAAGGGAACGAAGCAAAAACAUAAUAAUCAGUGGAAUCGACGAAGAAAUAUCAUCUUGCGAUAACCUAAAAGACUGGCUAACUAACGAACUAAAUGUGGAUGCUAAAGUCGACAAAGUAGUCACAAUCAAAACAACAUCAAGGAGGCAAACAAUUCUAGCCACCCUGGGCAACAUGGAAGACAAAAACAAAGCAAAUAUAUACCAAGCCGAGCUACAAAACGCCACCCUCCAAAUACCGUCCGACGCCACGAUCACCGAGCUCGACGCAACUCUAGCUAGCACCAUUGUUAAAGCAGCUCAAAACGUUCGAAAGAAACGACAAACCCUGAAAAAAAAAGACUUCUUGAAACGACUUCAGGACGACCUUCUCAGAGCUAACGACACGAAAACAUUCUGGAAGAUAAUAGGUAAAUUCCGUAGGAAACCUUUCACGCAGUGUCCAACUACUGCCAAAACCUGGGAGGAAUUCUAUACUACCAACAACCUUAUAACACCUAUGGCUGACGUGAAUUUAGCAAGCCAGGACGUCGUCGAGCUCGAUAGCUAUAUAUCCUGCCAAGAAAUUACGCAGGUAUUGAAGAACCUGAAAGCCGGCAAAAGCCCAGUGCCAGAUGGUAUAGAAAACAACUUCUAUAAACAUCUCAUACCUAACAUGAUCGAAGCAGUGACGGAGCUAUUCAACCGGGGCAGUCAGGUUUCCGCCGAAAGAGAAGCUGCAAAGACAACGUCUUCACACUUAACGCUAAAGUCUCAGUGGCCCUCAGUAAAACGGAGAAGACUACUCGCCACAUUUGUGGACUACAAACGCGCCUUCGAUGAAGUAGAUCACCAAGUACUCUGGCAGCAGCUCGACUAUGCGGGCGUGAGCACUCGCCUCAUUAAGGUACUUAGCAAUUUCUACGGCAAUGCAAAAACUGGGGUACGAAUUAGCAGUGAUGAGAAAACUAAAAGUAGCAGCAUUACACAAGGCGUUCUCCAAGGAGACCCUCUCAGCCCGAUACUGUUCAUUCUCCUACUUCACGACAUGGCAACUUUCUUCAGAAGCAGAGAGCACAUAAACGUGGAAAAGAAGAUGGAACUACUCCUAUUCGCCGACGACGGACUCCUGUUAUCAGAUGACAUAGUCGACAUGCAGUAUAAGCUGAACACUCUCGCUGAAUACGACGAGUUAAACAAAAUGACACUGAACACGGAGAAGACUAAAGUCAUGAUAUUUAGUAAAGGAGGACGACCACCGAAGCUACGCACCCUGAGAUACCGAGGGCUGUCACUCGAAAUAGUCAAAAAAUACGUAUACCUGGGAGUUCCAUUCACCCCAAGCGGCUUCUUCAACCACGCACUAGAUCACUUCACCACAAGAGCGAAAUUAGUAAACAGUUGA